GGCAUGUCCGUACUCUACAGCAGCCCAGUUGUCCCUCCGUUGACCUGAACCCGUUCUCAAUAUCCCAGUUCACGCCGCAGCGGCAUUCGACGCCUGCCGGGUGCGAUUACAGUAUGUUCCCCCAGCACUGCACGUGUGUGCUGCUUCAACUCGUAUUGCUCUGCUACGCGGAAGACGCACAAUCACGGGUUUUGGAUUGCUAUCAGGUGCCCUGUCAAAACGGUGGUGAGUGUAUCGGAUCGCCCGACAACUCAACUUGCAAGUGUCCACCUGGAUUUUCAGGUUUCUGGUGUGAGAAUCCGGGUCAGUGUGGGAACGGCCCUUGUCACCCGCACGUGUCAAGUACUUCCAUUCAGUCGACUCCAUCAUACAAGUAUGGCACAUGCCCCUCCGGAUGGACUGGGCUGAACUGUGAUGAGGACGUGGACGAGUGUUCCAUCGGACAUCGUUCACCUUGUGAACAUGAGGGAGUAUGUAUGAAUACGCCCGGUGAUUUCGUUUGUCGAUGCCGCGAAGGCUUCACAGGCGCACGGUGUGAAAUUGAAAUUCUGGAGUGUGCUACAUCUCCAUGCCUGAACGGUGGUUCUUGUGUGGAGGGCAUCGGUAAUUAUCAUUGCAUUUGUCCACCUGGGUUCGAGGGAGACAACUGUGAGCAUGAAGUUAACGAAUGUGCUCACACUCCGUGUCAAAACGGUGGGCAAUGUGAAGAUCGUAUCGGCAGUUAUUUGUGUCACUGUCUCCACGGUUGGACCGGACCGCAUUGUGAGGAACGGCUGACAACUUGUUCAGACUCUCCUUGUCAGAACAGUGCUGUUUGUGUCAACGUAACCGACGUGGGAUUCAUCUGCGACUGCCCCAAAGGUUUCGCCGGUCGUACCUGUGAACUAAGUGAAGAAGACUGCGCUAGUCUGCAUUGCGCCAGCCGGACGGAUUGCCCUGACAGACCAGAAGAUCCGGGGUGUCAGUUGUGCAGUCGGUGUGAAGGCAUCCUUUUGAAGAGGCCACCAGUCACGGAUCGUGUCUUGACAACAGUUGCUGUUGCCGCGGUCUUAACUCGACAACCUUGUUCCAAACUGAAUUGCAAGAAUGGAGGUACCUGUUACCUCAACAUGUGCCACUGCCCUGAUGGCUUUUCGGGUUCACAGUGUGAGGUUGUGGACGAUCCUUGCCGGGCUGGACCUUGUCUCUUUGGUGGAUCUUGUUUGCCGAACCAGACAGUGACGCAGGGCUACGUUUGCGAGUGCCAACCAGGGUUUGAAGGAGUACACUGUGAACGCAAUACGUACGAUUGCAUGCAUGACGCAUGUGGUGCCCAUGGGAUUUGUAUUGACGGUAUCAACGGUUACAACUGCGAUUGUCUGUAUGGGACUAUGGGGAAACACUGUGUAUCGAUCGAAAUGCCCGAACCCUCCAUCCCGAGCGCAGACGCAAACAUCGACAACGAAAUUCUAAUCGAUACAGCCCAAAGGCUGAUCUCAGGUGACGUCGAGAAUGUUACCGGGUGCUCUUACUCGCCAUGUAAGAACCAUGCCAAAUGUGCCACGGCCGCAGAUGGUGAUUCAAUACCCGUGCGUCGGAACCUCACGCGUGCUUACACGUGUCAGUGCAGCACUGCCAUCGGUUUAUUUGAAGGUGAACAUUGUGAACUAGAUGUGGAUGAAUGUGCUCCAUCCAAGGAACCUGGAUUAUGCUUGAACGGCGCUCAGUGUGUCAACACCUACGGAUCUUAUUACUGUCGUUGCCCCUCAGGAUUUUAUGGAAGGCAUUGUGAACACAUGAUCGACCCAUGUACCUACAACCGACACCCCGUCUGUCAAAAUGGCGGUCAGUGCGUCUCUCAUGGAAUGACAACACGAUGCAACUGUCCAGUCGGGUUUGCUGGGCCUAUGUGUGAGGUAAGUUGCUGACG